GUGCGCUAACGGUAACGGUUCGUUUUGGCUUUGUGCUAGCCGCGUAAUUAGCAACAAUAACGUAAACAAAAGUGUAGUUUACACACAAUCAACAUUGAAUUUAACACUUGUUGCAUUCGAUUGUGGUUAAACGAAGUACAUAAAAACAAAAUUGAAUAGUUGAUAAUCUUUAUUAAAAAUUCGCUGGUAACAUAAUGCCGAAAAAGUCAUGCAGAUCCUCAAUUGCAUUCGAAAAAGAAGCAAUCGGUCAAUUUCUUUUAUAUCUGUAUGGAUGUCAACAAGUGAAGCCCACAACCGAUUGGAGCAUACCCAAGAAGGGAGUGCAUGCAGAGUUUCGUAAAUUCCUAAAUUUGCCAAAGAAUGCGAAUUUGCGUAAACGAAUGGGUGGAAAAAUUAAUGAGGUUGGCGUAUUGCUACAUCGCACCGGCUAUUUGAUCGAUAUACCUAAGGGCAGCGAUCUCUUUUGUUUAAAUUAUCAAAAAAUUAUGCUAUUUAACGAAAUUGAGGAGCUGCAUAAGGAUUUCGAAAAGAAGCUAAUACCAUAUCAUAAGGAAAACAAAAAGCUGCAUCGAUUAUCAGCGAAAACAUUCUUUCAAGCUACCGCAGCUUUACCAACCUUUCUACCGCCAACCACGCUCUUGGAGUUGAAGAAAAAAAAAUACGAUGACGAGGAACUUUGUAAAAGUUCAACAGCUUUUGCUGAUUAUUUUAAUGGCGGUCGUAUAUUUACGCCUGAAAAUAUUUUCGGUGCCAUGAAAUUACUACUGCAAAUUGAAGAUAUUGAUAUUCUGGAAAAAUAUCGUCGCCUAAUACAACGCGAUGUGAAAUUAACACAAUCGCGUCCGCUAAAAUAUAGUUUAAAGCUUACACGGAAAUCACGGAAAAUCGGUUGCUUUAAUGAAGCCCUACUCAGUCCCUAUAAUCGACUGCUAAUAGUGGCCGAAUGUCCAGUUACAAAAUCACUUCCAAAAGAAUUCUUUUUGAAUAUAUUACUAAGUGGUUCGAGGGAAUUAAAAGUACCAGGUAAAACUGUAGGACCCACAUUUAACGGACAAAUAGAAAGUGUUUAUGAAAGAACAGUAACUUUUGGAACGGAAGGUAAAUUGCCGGAGGAUCCAAACGUUUCCUAUCUCAUCGUAUUUUGUCCCGCACGUCUGACUCUGCGCUAUCAAUAUAAUGCGCUGGAAUGUUAUGAAGUAAAGAAAGCUACUCUGCAGCGGUUCCUAUUUCCCAAUACUUUGCCAGAAGUGGCUAUUCCAGAGAAACGCUUGAGUUUCUACGACAAAAAGAUUGCCGCCAACCCCGAGCAGAAGCAAGCAGUUCAAAAUAUUGUUUCAAUCAGCAAGUCGAAUGAACUGCUUGCACCCUUCAUUAUAUUCGGUCCACCUGGCACGGGUAAAACCUCUGUGAUUGUAGAAUCAAUCCUGCAGCUACUGCUGCACGAACCCAAUGCCAAGAUACUUGUGACGGCCGGUCCUAACUGUGCUUGUGAUGAAAUUGCUUUACGCAUUUGUAGUACACUUUCGUUAGGCAAGGAACCGCGUACGCAAAUAUUAGCGCGUAUCUAUUGCUGGUCGCAGGAACGACGACGUGAGAAUAUCAAUAAACUGCUGCUCGAAUAUUCGAACAUGUACGAUUGGCAUUUCUUUCCGGAUGUAAAGGUGCUGCAAGAUUAUCGGGUAGUUGUAUGUACAUUAAGUGCAGUUGGGAAAUUAACUACCGGCAGUUUGCAACAGUUCACACAUGUUUUCCUCGACGAAGGGGCGGCUUGUUCGAUGCCUGAAUCCUUAGUCGGUUUAGUGAAUACAUUAAAUGAAAAAUCGAAAUUAAUCAUAGCUGGUGAUCACAAACAAUUGGGCCCGAUAUUAAAUUCAAGACGUGCCAAAGAGUUAGGUCUUGGCAAAUCGUUAUUGGAAAAGCUACUACAACGUAAAUGCUAUGCUGAAGUCAAUAAAGCCAAUGGCGAGUACAAUCAACUAAUACAAACACGUUUAUGUCGCAAUUUCCGUUCACAUACAGCGAUCGUUAAACUAUUUAGUCAAUUGUACUACGAUGAUAAGCUACAGGCUAUGGCACCCGCUGAAGAAACAAACUGGGCCGCCAAGUGGGAAGGUUUAAAUGAUCCGAAUUUUCCCAUUUUGUUCCAUGCAGUUCAUGGAAGAGAGGAGUUAGACGAUGAAUCUGACAGCAUUCACAAUGGACGAGAAAUCGGCGUGGUUUUUCAAUAUGUCAAUAUGCUAUUAGAAAAAGGUUUGGGUGGCGGACGCAAGUUGGAAGAAACUGAUAUUGGUAUAAUAUCACCGUAUCGUAGUCAAUGCAUGACCAUACAAGAGGAUUUGAAUGCAUUACGAUUAUUUCAAAUCGAAACUGGUACGGCGGAGGCAUAUAGAGGCAAAGAGAAGGCGGUUAUAAUUGUAUCGUUUGUACGAUCGAAAUUUAAAAGUUUGGGCUUUCUAAAGGACCCAGAGCGUUUAAACGUCAUACUUUCGCGUGCUAAAUCACUGCUGAUUCUUAUUGGAAAUGAUGCGAAACUGUCGGAGUAUAAAGAUUAUGAGUUUGUCAUAAAAGAGUGUCAACAACAUGGCAACUUCAUACCCGCUCCAUAGGCUGCUGGAUAUAAUAUUAUUUAAUUAAAUAGUU